UUUUUGAAUCUGAGAAAUUGUUUUCUUUGGGUAAAUCCUAGGAGUGGAAUUCCCCGGUCAAAUGGUUUUUCUACUUUUAGUUUUUUGAGGAACCGCUAUAUUGCUUUCCACAAUGGUUGAACUAGUUUACAUUCCCACCAGCAGUGUAGGAGGGUUCCCCUUUCUCCCCAUCCUCUCCAGCAUUUGUUGUUCCUAGUCUUUUCUAUGUUGGCCAUCCUAACUGGUGUGAGGUGAUACCUCAUUGUGGUUUUGAUUUGCAUUUCCCUGAUAAUUAGCAAUGUGAAGCAUCUGUUCAUGUGCCUGUUGGCUAUCUGAAUUUCCUCUUUGGGGAAGUGUCUGUUCAUAUCUUCUUCCCAUUUUUUAAUAGGAUUAUUUGCUUUUUGGUUAUUGAGGCAUGUGAGGUCUUUAUAUAUUUUGGAUGUUAACCCCUUGUCGGAUAUGUCAUUUAUAAAUAUAUUCUCCCAUACUGUAGGAUGCCUUUUCGUUCUGCUGAUGGUGUUCUUUGCUGUACAGAAGCUUUUUAGCUUGAUGUAGUCCCAUUUGUUCAUUUUUUAUUUUGUUUCCCUUGCCCAAGGAGAUGCAUUCAGGAAAAAGUUGCUCAUGUUUAUAUUCAAAAGAAUUUUGUGUAUGUUUUCUUCUAAGAGUUUUAUGGUUCCUUGACUUACAUUCAGGUCUUUGAUCCAUUUUGAGUUUACUUUUGGGUAUGGGGUUAGACAAUAAUCCAGUUCAUUCUCUUUCAUGUGCCGUCCAGUUUUACCAACACCAGUUGUUAAAGAGACUGGCAUUUCCCCAUUGUAUAUCUAUGGCUUCUUUAUAUAUAUUAAUUGAUCAUAUAUGCUUGGGUUUAUAUCUGGGCUCUCUAUUCUGUUCCAUUGGUCUAUGGGUCUGUUCUUGUGCCAGUACCAAAUUGUCUUGAUUACUGUGGCUUUGUAGUAGAGCUUAAAGUCAGGGAGCAUAAUCAUCCCCCCUGCUUUAUUUUUCCUUCUCAUGAUUGCUUUGGCUAUUCGGGGUCUUUUGUGGUUUCAUAUGAAUUUUAGAACUAUUUGCUCUAGUUUGUUGACAAAUGCUGUUGGUAGGAUGUUCUUAUUCUUGCUGAAAGUUCUGCAGGACCACUGUUCACUGGAGAGCCUUUUUUCCCCAUUAUUUGCUAUUUUUGAUGUAUAUAAAUUUAUAAUCCUUUUUAAAUGGUAUCACACUGUACAUGCUUUCCUCUAUCCUCAUGUUUGUGUAGCCUGUAGGUCCAUUGGACUGCAGGGGGUGAGCGGCAGUCCCAGCCCCCUUGUGCCUCGCAGCUCCACUUGGUGGUGGCGACCAAGGCUGGACGCGGGGCCCUGGCUGUGGAGUCGGGUGUGACUUCCCUCAUGUUGCAACCGCUGGGUUUCAAUUCAGAUUUCAUCAGUGGGACUUUGGUUUCUUCGAAAUAUUAAUACCAUUACUCUAAUAAAGUAUCCAAUUUCAUUUUAAUAGAAAAUAAACAUAUAUUGUGAGAUAAAAUCAUCUAAAAAUUCAUGUUGCCCAGACUGAUGGUAUUUGUGUAAUAUCCCAUACUUCAUUAACUUCUUUCAGUUCCUGAGUUGGGAUAAGAACACUAAGCAUUUUCAGUGUUUUUCAAUGACUGUGUAAUUGAGAUCAUAUUGUAUACACCAGUUUGAAUUUUUUCUUUACCAUAAUAGAAGCAUUUUCCUUGUUAAAGUUUCUGUAAGCAUUUCUACCAGCUACAUAGUAUGCUGUACUGAUUUUUAUACUUAAUUAUUCCACAGUAGUUAGAUAUUGCUUGCUGCUUUUUUUAGUUCCUCAUUGAACAUUUAUGCCUACAUUUUCUCCCUAUUUUAGGGUGAUUUUCUUGGCAUCCAGAAAUGGGAUUAUUGGAUCAAAGAUUAAAAGCGUAAUUAAAGAUUUAAUACAUCUUGCCAACUUUUUUCCAAAAAUUGUAUGGAUAUCUUCUUAAUAGCCAUUUUGGCAGCCUUAAGUGUUGUUUUGAAGAACCUUUUGAUAAUCUGAUGGGUUUAAAAAUGGUACCUGAGGUUGAAUAUUGUUAUGUGCUGACCAUCUGUAUCACCCACUGUGGAUCUGAACACAUUUGCCCAUCUAACCGGUAGCCUCUUGUUCUCCUCGGGGUGGGAGGAAGGCACUUGACAUGGUAAGGGUGGUGGCCGUUUUGCUGUCGUUGCGAGUACUCUCGCCUUUCUGCAUCUUGUUUACUUUAGUCGCAUUUUGAUGCAGCCAAUCUUCGACAUAUCCUCGUUUAUAUUAACAGGCUCCUUCUUUGCCACUCCGUCCUUACAACAAAAGAAAGAACUGGCAGUUUGAUCUUAUUUACCUGCCAAAAAACAGCAUUUGUGUUUGUUACAGAUCUUAAGAUUUAAGAAAGUCAAAUCAGUGAGCAUUUAUUAGGAAGAAAUUGUGUCAUGCUCUCUCUCGCAGCCAUGACUGUCUUUCCUCCAAAUACUGUUAAGUAACCAUGUGUGAAAAUUAGGUGAAUUAAAUUGCAGCCUCUUUAAAAUUGUAAGCCAUAUAUUUCUUUAUUUUUAUUUUUCAGUGCAAUUAACUGUAGAGACCUAUUUCAUGACAUAUGAUGAGUUUCCAUCCUCCUUAAUUGUAGGGGGAAAAAGUGUACCUUCGGGUUGCUAAUGUGAAUUGUGGACUACAGAUACAUAGAGAAACAGAUUGCACAGACAUGAGUAUUAUCACCAGCAUCUGAAGACUCUAAAAAUUGUUCUUCAGUCUUGUCAUGGAUUUUUCUGGGAUAAAAGAAUCUAUGAAAUUAUGUGAAUAGAGACAAUUUUCAAAGCCAUGGGGGAAAGAGAAAGAAGUCCAGAUACUGAUCAAGGAAGUAAGGCAGGCAAACACCAUUAUUCUUAUACAUCAUCUGAUUUUGGAACUACACCACAGUCUUCUGGCCGGUCAUCGCUGGUCAAUCCCUCUUCACCUACAAGUAUUAUGCAAAAAAAUCCUAAAAGACAAAUUUCAGAUAGCCAAGUAUAUCACCAAGCCCCUAGGAAACCAAGCUCUAAGGGUCCACCAAACAGAAAGGGAGCCCGAGUGGGAUUUCGCUCCCAGAGUCUCAAUAGGGAACCACUUCGGAAAGAGACCGAUCUUGUUACAAAACGAGUUCUUUCUACAAGACUUCUAAAAAUCAGUGAAUUGCAGAAUGAAGUAACUGAACUCCAGGUCAAGUUAGCUGAGCUGCUAAAAGAAAAUAAGGCUUUAAAAAGGCUUCAGUACAGACAGGAAAAGGCCCUGAAUAAGUUUGAAGAUACAGAAAAUGAAAUCUCACGUCUCAUUGCUCAUCAUAACAGUGAGAUCACAGCCCUCAAGGAACGCUUAAGAAAAUCUCAAGAGAAAGAACGGGCAACUGAGAAGAGGGUGAAAGAUACAGAAGGUGAACUACUUCGGACAAAAUUUUCUUUACAAAAACUGAAAAAAAUCUCCGAAGCUAGACACCUACCUGAACGAGACGAUUUGGCAAAGAAACUAGUUUCAGCAGAGUUAAAAUUAGAUGACACCGAGAGAAGAAUUAAGGAACUAUCAAAGAACCUUGAGCUGAGUACUAACAGUUUUCAACGACAGUUGCUUGCUGAAAGGAAAAGGGCAUAUGAGGCUCAUGAUGAAAAUAAAGUUCUUCAAAAGGAGCUGCAGCAACUCUAUCACAAAUUAAAGGAAAAGGAGAGAGAACUGGAUAUAAAAAACAUAUAUUCUAAUCGUCUGCCAAAGUCCUCUCCAAAGAAAGAAAAAGAACUUGUAUCAAGAAAAAAUGCUGCAUGCCAGAGUGAUUUUACAGACCAGUGUACAAAAGGAGUACAAACCAGUGAAGACUUGGAGCUGGAAGAAUUUCCUUUAACACCACAAACAGUUGUGUGUUAUGAAAACAGAUGGGAAGGACCUGAGCACCUUACUUUGGACCUGGAAUCUCAAAGGAGAGAAGAGCAUGAAGAAGCAGGGAUUCUAAACCCAGUUGUGAAAAGGGAAGAAAAAUUAGUUGAAGAUGAAGGACUCCAUGUUGUAAAACUGGAGGUUGAGAACCUGGAGAAUGAGUGGGAAAGAGAAAUACUUGCUAAAAAGCAAAAAGACAAGACAUCUUUGCUGGAGAGAGACAAAAAGGCAGCAUUGGAGGAGACCAAAGGAAGAUACCAAAUGGAAAUGUGCCAAAUUCAGAGUAUUGGUAAGUUCGAAGAGGAAGAAGAAAACAGACUGAAGAGAGAGAUGCUGCUUGCUAAACUGCAUGAAGUCGACAGAGAACUCCAAGGUUCUCAGAACCUGCAGUGUCCUCCUCUGCCAUCGUUACCUGAUUUGGAAUCAAAACUGUGCUCCCCAGAGAGAAGCCCCAAAACAUACGUGUCCUCUGAAUCCUCAGAGAGAUUACCUAAUGGGCAUCAUUUGCAGGACAUCCGUCUUUUAACUGCAAACAUUGGUGAUCAGAAACCAGUAAAUAUUAGAAGCCCAGCCUCUCCAAAUGAGCUUACUUUUGGCAGUUAUGUGCCUUCAUUUGCAAGAACAUCAGGGAAAUUAAAUCCAUUUAGCCAAAAAAGUGGCUUUUUUGAUUUCCAGAGAAACAGUAUAGAGAAAUGUGGUAGAGAUAGCUUAGACUUAAUCACAAGAAAAGAGAGGAAGGCUCAUCUGAUGGAGCAGCUCUUUGGCACCACAAGCAACAGUAUUUCCUCCAGAGUCAAUGACCCAGAUUCUUCGGCUGCCAGCAGAGGCGACUUUGACCCUCUGAAUUUUCUCCCUAGGGACAAAAGCGGCAGGUCUAGACAACAUGACGAAGAUGAGGGCCUUUUCCUCAGUGAAGGAGGAAGCUUUAACCCAAAUAGUCACCGACUGAAACAUGCAAACACUAGGUCAGCAGUAAAGGCAUUCGGUUCUGGAGAAGAUGAAAUCGAGGAAGUAGCGCUGAGGUGACUGAUACCGGUCGCAUCCCCCAGUUGCAGAUGUUGAAGUAUUUUAAUAUGCAUUUAUAAAUACUUAGACUUUCAAUAUUAAAGGUCCUAAAGAGUGGUUUGUAAUAGACAGAGAUUCAGUACAAAUAAGUGGAUCAUAAUGCAUCAUAUAGCUAGUUUGCCAACAAUGAAGGAGCCUUCUUUGAAUGGAAAUGAAAAUAGAGAUAUAUCUUACUUGGUUUUGACUUUUUAUUUACAAAUAGGUUUUGCCUCUUAGAUCAGCCAUAUGGGAAGUUUUACCCCAUGGAGCACAUACUCAUUUCCUAUUUUUAUCCCUAUUUAUUUACUUAUUUUUGGUCAGAUCCUGAGUUAAAUACAAUCUUCCCGAAGAUUGUUGAACAGAAAUUAAGAGCGAGAGGCUCUGUGUGGAAGUACAGCUCCCAAGUGGUGAACCAGGGCUCUGGUGCUGCUGAGAACCCUGCCCUCUAUGGAUGGGGCGGGAGUCCCGUGCAUACAUGGCAUGGCGUAGCUGGAAGCAAUGACAACAUUGGAAUUUCCUUUUUCUCUGGAAGUAGCCACAGUUAAAUGCUAACCAUUUCCCAUUACAAGUCCCACUAAGUCACUUUCGUAAAACUGUGCCAGCACAUUAGGUGGAUUCAGAGGACAUUUGUCUGUUUGCAUGGACAGGUGCCUGCGUGGCUCCCAGAGGCUCACACAGUGUCAUCACUAGUCCCUCUCCUUGUUCCCUACACUGUGUGUAUCAGUGAUGGUGUGAGAUUUCCUGCCCUACCACAGGGAACAAGAAAUUUCAUCUGAUACAGAAGGAUUUUCAGCUCAGUAUUUUUCUAGAGUAAUGUAACUUGGAAGUUUUAAUACUUCUUAGAUUUGCGCUACAGACAAGUCAGUGGACUGUGGUGGUAUAAUGCUUGUGGACAGCCUUGGGCAGCAGUGUUUAGAGAUGUGUCUGCUACCUUGCUGCUGGGUGGGUGGUCUCCUGUUGAAAUGCUUUGGUCCUUGCUGUUUGUAGCUCACUUCAGCUGCAAAGGAUUGAUGACCUUGGAUUAUGCUGGGGAUGAUUGGCCUUUAAGAAGCAGUAACACACCACCAACCGAGCAGAGAACACUGUUCAGAGGAAGAGUGGUGGAAUAGUGUGUCAGGAAGAAUAAAAAAGUGUAGAAUGACACUUAGCUCUAAAACAAGCUUUUUUUCCCCAAGAAUUUACAGUGUAUUUGCUUGUAAUAUGAUUUCUGAUGCCAAGCAUACAGAGUGAUGAAGGGACUAGAGUUACUGUUUUCCCUUGAAUUCUUAUCAGUGCUUAUUUCUGGAUAUAAUUUCAUAACUAUUUGAUAAGACUUACCUGAUUAAAAUAUAUACCACCUAUCAUCAUCUAAAUUGUGUUCCUAUUAUUAAUUGGGAAGUGUACCUCCCAAAAGUGGUAAACUAUAUUUAAAAAUUUUGUUAAUAAAGAUUUUUGUGUCUAAUAUAAAUAAGCAUUUAGUAUGUUGCACAUCAUUCUAAUAUGUGUAACCACAAUAUUACUGUAAUGCAGUUUUUGAUAAAAUAUGAUAUAUUGCUAAUUUUGUUCACAGCUGCUAAUUUUUUACCAAAACUAUUCUAGUUUUUAGGUUGUUUGGUUUUAAAGCCUUUUUAAAAAGCCUUUCAGUGAAGUUUUAUAUUGAGGUCAUUUUUAUUAGUCAAUUGUUUUUUUCUACCUGGUGUUUUUUCUAGCCUCUUUCACUAUAUGCAACAUGACAGAAUUAUUAAAAUUAAACCUAAACUUAAAAUCAAGUUUUAGACAUAGUAGCAUUACUGUUUUAAGCAUUAAGAUUGGAGAUUAAAAUGUUCAGAAUAGAUUUUUCUUCAUGAACAAACAGUGAAACAUAUUUUUUCUAAAUGUCAAGUUAAAUUUGUGCUCAGGACUCUUAAUAAAAAAAUUUUUUUAAAUGCUA